AUGACAAAAGAAGCAAAAAUAACCAUUGGUUAUGAUGGACUGGAUCUGCCUUGUCAAGGUUGUUAUGAGUUAGAUCCCGAAGUAACUAAUUACCAAGCUAUUCACUUAAUAAUUUCUGAAAAGGACAAGAGAGGAGUUUAUUCUACUCCUUGCUUUUAUUGCGCUUCCUGUUCUAGGUCUGUCUUGGAGAACAUGAAAUUACAAGCCUUUAAUGAAAGCGGACAUUAA